AUGGGAUGCCUUAGCUCGAAGCCCGCCGAAUCUGAGCCCACGAGGGGGGCGGUCAAGGUCCAGGAGGCUGCGCUGACCCCCGAGCAAGAAGCUCUCAUGGAGCUGCACUCCGCCGUGCGAUGGAACAAAAUUGACGAAGUGUCCGCCAUCCUGUCCAAGGGCCAAGAUGACGAUUUCGCCAAGGCCACCGCGAACAAGAAAGACGGCAAGAACGGCAACACCGCCCUGCACAUCGCCGCGCAGAACGGCCACCUCGACCUGUGCAAGCUGCUCGUGUCCAAGGGCGCCGACGUCAACGCCCAAAACGCGGGAGGCAACACCCCGCUUCACAUGGUCACCAGCUACGACAUCGACGACGUGAAGGCGUACCUCGAGGAGCAGGGCGCGAACGGCGGCGUGAAGAACCAGGAGGGCUUCCAGGCCAAGUUUGGCCUCAACGGCGAGAAGGACCCGACGUCUUUGGCCGGCAUCCUCGAUUCGUUCAGGUCCGCGAGGGAAGAGAAGUCGCUGCUCAACGCGCUCGACGCGCUUAGGAAGAUCAAGGGCCAGUUAGACAAGGGCACGUUCCCGGGAAUCGGCCUGAAGGUGAAGAAGGCGAACAAGGAGAGCGACGCGUGGACCGAGAAGGUGCAGAAGAAGUUCACGGAGCUCGUCCAGUCGCUGGAGUGA